UGGUAACCAUAGCAACGGUUUGUUUACAUUUCUGUUGAGUGACAGUUGUUGUUCCUAGUUAUUUUAUUCAAAAUGCCUUUAAAACCAAGUGAACCGCAGCCUAAAAGUUCGUGUGAUAAACAUAAAUGUAACAAACCUUCUACUGAGAAGAUAAAAAUGCCGAAGAAGUUGUUAAUAUCUAAAAAGUGGCACCCCGACUGUGCGCAUGAAGUGACAACUAAAUCUGCUGGUAUAAUCACCUCUAAACCACCCAGAAAUAAGCCGAAUAAAACAUCAAAUUCUUUACCUGUUGUGCCAAAACAAAGUAAAAUUCUGGAUUUUUGCAAAACGUGUGGAGAUACUGAUGAUAUAGAGACAGCUGUAGCUGUGUUUUCCAAUACUGUAACAAAUUCUACAAGCAAAACUAGUGCUGUGUCCUCUAAAAAUAGUAAACAUGCUGUGUCUCCUAAAUAUAGCCAACAGGAAUUGAAAACUGACUCUCAGAAAAUAAAAAUGGAAACUAAAGUUGUAAAACAAUAUUACAAAAACGAAAAAUAUGCAGAUUCUAAAUCUACAAUAGACUAUACAAAAACAUCUUGCAGAGAUGUCAAAAUUAACACGAAAAAGAGUAAGGGAGCAUUGAAAACUGAUAAAAAAAUUAAAAUUGAAGAGGAAGUGGUACAAGAGCAUUAUUUAAAUGAAAAAUUUGCUGAUUUAUACGAUUCUAUGCAUGAUUUCGACACUAUAGGCAGAAAUGGUCAAGUACUGGAUACUAUUACUGAAGUGAAUGAAAAACAAGUAUCGUCUGAUAAUAAAUCUACAUUAUCUCAAGAAAAAUCUUCUGAAGAAUCAAAUAUAUUUACUUUACCUUCAGAAGACGAAGUAAGUUUGAAGAAACUUAAAGAAUUCAGAGAGAAAAAUUACUUUGAAUGUCAUUCCUCCAAAAACAGAAUUGCAAGUAAGGGAAGCGUGAUAUCUCUUCAAGAUCAUAAAUGUAGAUACAGAUUAUAUUUGAAUGACAGACUAUUUCCUGUAGCAAUAGACAAUGAUCACAAUGACAACAUACGAUGCGUUGACUGUCAUUUACCUCUAGAACUAGCUCAAGAAGAAGACAAAGUAAAUGGCACUAUACAAGCGAAAGUAAAACUAGGUUCAGAAACUCAAGACAUGGUGUUACUUCUUCCGAUAAAAGAGCCUUUGAUAAUUAAACAGAAGAGAAAAGAAAAGAACGAUGACGAUGUAGUGUACUUCGGGUUGAUAAAAAUGGAUCAAAAUGGAAAUUCAAUGUUUAAUCCUACUUUACCGAGUGAUUCUUUGGCAUUGAGGUAUCAGAGGGGAUAUAGACAAUUUAAUGAUGUUCAAAGCUAUAGGUAUGAUAAGAUCGAAGAUUCUGAUGUUAUCUAUAUUUAGUGAUGAAUAUACGUUAUUAUGUUUAUA